AGAUAAACACAAUUGAAAAAGAAUGACUGCUUUCGAAGAAAUGGGCGUUUUGCCAGAAAUAGGCAAAGCAGUUGAUGAAAUAGAAUGGACACUACCAACAGAUGUUCAAGCUGAAGCUAUCCCAUUGAUUUUGGGUGGAGGCGAUGUACUCAUGGCCGCAGAAACUGGUAGUGGAAAAACUGGUGCUUUCUGUUUGCCUAUUUUACAAAUAGUUUGGGAGACCCUUAAAGAUUUGGAAUCUGGGAAAGGAGCUACUGGAGCUGUAGUUCAACAACCGACGCAUUGGGGUCUGAGUCUAUUUGAUAGAGGACGAGCUAUGGCAGUAACGACGGAUGGUUUAAGAUGUCAGAGUAGAGAACAAAAGGAAUGGCAUGGUUGCCGUGCAAAUAAAGGAGUAUUGGGAAGUGGCAAGUAUUUUUUUGAAGCAACAGUCACUGAUGAAGGUUUAUGUCGAAUAGGCUGGUCUACAUCUCAGGCUGCCUUAGAUUUAGGAACAGACAAAUUUGGUUAUGGAUUUGGUGGUACAGGAAAGAAAUCAAAUGCGAAACAAUUUGAUAAUUAUGGAGAGGCCUUUGGAAUGCACGAUGUGAUUGGAUGUUUUCUAGAUUUGAUGAAAGGUGAAAUAAAAUUUACCAAGAAUGGCAUGGAUUUGGGUGUCGCGUUUAUAUUAAAUGCACAGCAAAAAUCGCAGACUUACUAUCCAGCUGUUGUAUUGAAAAACGCUGAGAUGGCCUUCAAUUUUGGAGCACAACCGUUUAAGCAUCCGCCUUCAAAUGACUAUGUGGCUGUGUCUUCGGCUCCAAAAGAAUUUAUCAAGUUCAAUCCUGUUAAUAGCAAUCAGAGUUCGUCUAAUGAAAGUGGUAAACUAAAAAAUAAUGCGCCUCAAGCGAUCAUCAUAGAGCCUUCUCGCGAAUUAGCUGAACAAACUUACAAUCAAAUUCAAAAGUUUAAGACACACUUAAAGGAUCCGACGAUCAGAGAGUUACUUGUCAUCGGUGGAAUAAGUGUAAAAGAGCAGAUUGCUGUUUUGAAUUCUGGCGUGGAUAUAGUAGUCGGGACUCCUGGACGAUUAGAAGAUCUCAUACAAGGCGGUUAUUUGUUGUUGACACAUUGCAGAUUCUUUGUACUGGACGAAGCUGAUGGACUACUAAAACAGGGUUACACCGAACUUAUCGAUCGUCUGCACAAACAAAUUCCGAAAAUUACGUCGGAUGGCAAAAGAUUGCAAAUGAUUGUGUGUUCGGCGACAUUACACGCAUUUGAAGUGAAAAAGAUGGCCGAACGUUUGAUGCAUUUUCCAACUUGGGUGGAUCUAAAGGGCGAAGAUGCGGUGCCUGAGACCGUACAUCAUAUCGUAGUGAUGGUAGAUCCGCAGAAAGACAAAUCAUGGCAUAACUGCAGGAAUUACAUAGAAACUGAUGGCGUGCACGCAAGAGAUGAGAUGAAUCGAACAAAUGAUAUUGCCUGUACGUUAUCAGAAGGUGUAAAGAUACUGAAGGGAGAGUACUGCAUUCGUGCUAUCAAAGAACAUAAAAUGGACCGAGCAUUGAUAUUCUGUAGAACAAAACUCGAUUGCGAUAAUCUUGAAAGAUACCUGAAAAAAUCCGGUGGACAACAGUUUUCGUGCGUGUGUUUACACGGAGACAGAAAGCCCGGAGAGCGUAAGGCUAAUUUGGAGAAGUUCAAACGCAAGGAAGUAAAAUUUUUGAUUUGCACCGAUGUGGCUGCUAGAGGAUUGGAUAUCACUGGUUUACCUUUCAUGAUAAAUGUGACGCUGCCUGACGAGAAGUCUAAUUAUGUGCAUCGCAUUGGAAGAGUUGGUAGAGCUGAGAGAAUGGGUCUAGCUAUUUCUUUAGUCAGUAGCGUUCCAGAAAAGGUAUGGUAUCAUGGCGAAUGGUGUCCUUCUCGCGGAAGAAACUGCAGCAACACCAAUCUGACCGAUCAAGGUGGCUGUUGUACAUGGUACAAUGAACCUCAAUACUUGGCAGAUAUUGAGGAUCACUUGAAUGUAACGAUUCAACAAGUCGGUCCAGACAUAAAAGUGCCAAUGAACGAGUUUGAUGGGAAAGUCACGUAUGGCGAAAAGAGAAUGACGAUGGGUUCUGAUUACAAAGACCAUGUCCAGCAAAUGGCCCCUGUUGUGGCCGAAUUGGCCGCGCUGGAAUCCAAAGCGCAACUUGCGUUUUUAAAUAUGCAUAUGGCGGAGCGUUAAAGUGAAGUUACUCAAAAAUAUUUAACGACUGAACUCUAAUCGAGUCUCGCAAUUCUAGUAAUAUAGAAUUCUAUUCCAACUUUAGAUGUUAAAGGAAAUUAAUUAAUUAGUUGUUACUUUUAAUUUAAUAUCUAUUUAAAAAUGUAUUUUAUCUUUAUCAUUGCUAUUAUUCUGUAUCUUUCUGUACUUGUAAACAUUUUUAAAACUUUUUUCGCACUUGUAAAGUCAUAGCGCAUUGCAUAAUGAAAAUAUAAAUGUAAAAAAAUGAAAUUGUUUCUCUGUCUUGUUUGAUACAUUAAAACGAUGUGCAAUAUUUUGUGUGUGUGUGUGUGUGCGCGCGCGCGCAUACAUAUGAUGUCCUAAAAUUCAUGACUUUCAAAAUAUUAUAAGAAAGUUUUAGAAAAAUUAAAUGAAAAUGUUAUUUGUAAAUUUUUAUUUUGCGAUAUACAUUUUUUGAAAUAUAACGAUUUAAAUAUGAUUAAUUAUAAAAUGGUAGUUACUGUACUACCAGUGAGCGCUUACCAACAUUCACUAAUUAUUGUACGCGCAACUCAUGAUCAGGCGGCUAUCUAAAUGUAGUAUUUAUAAUUUGAUCAUAAUUUAAUCUUUAUUAUCUCAAAAAUUGAUGUUUAAAAUAAAAAUUUAUAAAUAACUUUUUUACUCAAUUUUCCGAGAACUUUCUUGUUACAGUAUUUUGAAUCGCGAAUUUUGGGACACCUAUGUAUAUGCCCUAUAAAAAUUGAACUUGAUAGCCAAUUGCCACAAAGGCAUCUGUUAUUUAUGUAAGAUAUAUAGUAAGUAUUUAUUGUAUCGUUAUAGUCUUAAUAAUUAUACUUUCAUUUUACACAUCGUUUUACUUACACAAAUGUAGGGUACAUUGGCUCUUUCUUUUUGCUUUUUUAUAAUUCUGCAUAUGUGGGUGUGUGCGUGUAUGUGUA